AUCCCGUACCAUGAUGAUCGCCAACAGGUUUAUUCUAAUUGGUUCCGUUUUAUGUGCCGGCAUUUUGCUUCUCUGUGAUGCGCAGAGCAGCACAAAUCGAAGAUUCCAAAAUCCAUCAUCGGAAAUAUUGGUGUACGAUGCCGAAAGGGCAAGUUGGAUAUCCGUCGAAACGAAUCACUCGCCCACAUCGCAAGUCGCGGCUCAGGGAGUGCGACCAUCAUCUGUGGUAGGACCGAAUAUAUCCGGUAACUCGCAAGGGUCGGACCGAAGGAAUAAUCCAAAUGAAGGAUUCCAAAAUCCAUCAUCGGAAAUAUUGGUGUACGAUGCCGAAAGAGCAAGCUGGAUAACCGUCGAAACGAAUCGCUCGACCACAUCACAAGUGGCGGCCCAGGGAGUGCGGCCAUCAUCUGUGGUAGGACCGAAUAAGUCCGGUAACUCCCAAGGAUCGAACCGAUGGAAUAAUCCAAAUGAAGGACCCAAAUCACCACCGCAAACAUCAACAAUUUUGGUAUACGAUGCUGAAACUGGAAACUGGAUAAAUGUCAAAGUUGAUCGUACGAGAUCACCGGCAACAGCAGCUCAAGAUGAAGUUAGGCAAUCAGCAGCAGGACAACCUCAAAUCAACUCACGUAAAACACCAAGUGGGCAUGGAACACCUAACAAAAUAAAAGUAUACGAUAAUGGUCAAAUGAGACAGGUGGAUGUUAACACUACUCGAGUCUCUACCGAUCAGUUCAAUCAGCAGAGGGGUUCAUUCGGUGGAUCAACUAGCAUUAACCAGAUGCCGGUGUGGCGUCAAGAGUCGAGUGAGCAGGCAAACGAAAAUUCAGAAGAAGCAUGGGUCCCGGUCCAAAAGAAGCGAAAAUUUUUUGGAUGAUCUAUUUUCGGGUAGAGCUUAGGAGUGCCCUAAUUGUUGGAUUUUAAACUUUCACUAUGACUUACGUUUAAGAGGGAGUACACAUAUUUAAGAAAAAAAAAACUGCCAUAAAUAAAUUCAAAUGUAGCUUCAUUUGAAGUUGAAAA